AGUUCCGUAAAAAUACCUUGAGUAUUCAUUCUCCCCCAUGACAGCAAGAAGGAAAAGGUUAUCAUAUAAGAAAUUGAAAAGAUUUAUUGUCUAGCGAUGAUUCGCUUCUAACUACCCCGCGAUCUCUUGCACAAACGUGCACCGCACGUUCAAAAUGUUAUUAAAAAUGGAAACCCCUAUUUUAUCAACUCCUGUAUCUCUAAGUGAAAUCAUCAUUAGAAUAAACAAACAUGAGUUUGCCAGAAUUAAUCGACGACUGGACCCUUUUCGGGGAGUUCUCGAGUCUAUCAAACCCAGUAGACAUUGAACCGGACCAGUUCACCAACGCUACAACAACCACCUUGCAAUGCCUCCUAAAAUGCCAAGAUGGUCAUAUUCUAAAUGGCUCUUACAACAGUGAUGAGGUUGUUCAGGCUGUAAGCCCUGUGGAGGGCUUGAGCCCACUUGGAACUCCGCCUACGAGUCCUUCCCAGGCUUUUCCGCUAAAUGACGGAAAUGAAUUAAGCGAUCUUCUCAGCGGUACAGAUUUUGACAUUGAUGUGGAUGUUACAGAAAGAGCAGGAUGCUCCACUGAUGACUAUAUCGACACGAUGCUGGAUUUCGAACUUGAGAUGGAAUCAACGCUGCAGAUCACAAAGGAAGAUGCUUCUAUAAUUCAAGAUGCAUUUGAACUAAGAAAAGUUUGCGAAGCUUUGGAUGAAGCACCAGAAUCACCCAAAUCAGUAAGAUCUCAUCCAUACAAAGUCCCAUCAUAUGAAAAGCAUCUUGAUAAAAAACUGAGGAAGAAGCAGCAGAACAAAGAUGCUGCUAUCAGAUAUCGCUUAAAGAAAAAAGCGCAAAAACAAGUUCAGGGAGGCGAGUUGGAAGAAUUAAUGGACAUAAACAAGAACCUCAAAAGCGAAUGUAAGGAAAAAAUGAGAGAAAUCGAAUAUUUGAAGGAGCUACUGCAAGAUGUUUGUAAAGCAAAAGGAAUAGAACCCCCGAAUCAAUGCAUCACUUUAUAAAAUCAUAUAAAUAGUAAACAUUUGUAAAAAACUCAUUUUUGCCGUGUGUUAUUGUCAAUAAAAAUAUUAUUCACAAAAGAUCAAGACUUAUUAUUUAGUUGAAAACCGCGAAUCUAGAUAAAAAAUAACUGAAUAAUUUGAAAUGCAUUUCUGAAUUGUUUUAUUAAAAAAAAAUAUUGUGACACUCUUUAAAAAAAUAUUUUGCGGUAGAUAAAAUAUACCAAUAUUAUAUAUAUAUAUAUAUAUAUAA